AUGGGCACCCGGGACAGUCCGAGUGCAGCGAUGGGGUCUUCGCGGGCCUCCACCUGGACUUCGCCUGCGCCUCAGCCCGAGCCCAGCGCGCCGCGCCGCAGCUUCCACACCACACUGGUCUUUUACUGGAGGAAGCGGGAGCGCCGCUCCGCGCAACGGAAGCCGGGCCCGGGACGCGGACGCAGGCCGAGGGUCGCGGGCAGGGUGCUGGCCUCCCGCCCCGCCGCCGCCGCAGGGGCCCGGACCCCCGUCCGGGAGGCGGCCUCCGGCCCCGCCCCCAGCCCCAGCCCCAGCCCCAGCCCCAGCCCAAACCCAGCCGCCAUGCCCGCAGCGCGCGUCCCAGGCUCAUGCGGCGGCGCGCUGACCUGGAGGCCAACCUGGAGGCCGCUCUGGAGGCCGAGCUGGCCCGGCAGCCCUUGCGCGAGCAAGAUGGCGGCGCCCGGUGAGCGGGGGCGGUUCGGCUGCGGGGGACUUUUCUCUUUCCUGCCCGGCGGCGCGCGCUCCGAGGUGGUGGACGACCUGGCGACCGACGCGCGGGGCCGGGGCCGGGGCGCGGGGCGCAGAGAUGCCGCCGCCCCCGUCCCGACUCCAGCUCUAGCGCAGAUCCCCGAGCCGCAGGAGGACGCCUCCCGGAGGCGGCCCUGCCGGGCCUGCGUGGAUUUCAAGACUUGGAUGCGGACGCAGCGAAAGGAGAGCAAGUUUAGGGAGGAUUGCCCUCAAGAUCGGGAGGAACUGGGCCGCCACAGCUGGGCUGUCCUCCACACCCUGGCUGCCUACUACCCCGACCUGCCCACUCCGGAACAGCAGCAAGACAUGGCCCAGUUCAUACACUUAUUUUCCAAGUUUUACCCGUGCGAGGAGUGUGCCGAAGACAUAAGGAAGAGGAUAUGCCAGAACCAGCCGGACACGCGCACUCGGGCACACUUCACCCAGUGGCUGUGCCACCUGCACAACGAGGUGAACCACAAGCUGGGCAAGCCAGACUUCGACUGCUCACAGGUGGAUGAGCGCUGGCGCGAUGGCUGGAAGGACGGCUCCUGUGACUAGUGGGCGGGUGUAGGAGCCAGCUGGCCACUGCAGUGGGUGGAGCAUUCAUUAAAGUGCAUCAGAGCCAGAGCCUGUCCCAUCUCAGUUGGGUGGCCCCGGGAUGCUACCCACGGGGCCUGCCCUCUCAGGUCGGGAGGUGCCCGCGGCAGACACCCCCAUGGCCUUCCCUCAGCUGAGGGCCCGCAGGGGUGGGAGCUGCAGGUGAGUGAGGCAGGAGUGGCCUGGGCUGCCCCUGUGCCAGAUGGGAUGUGGCCUUCUGCCCAGGAAUGGAAGGGGCAGCCAGGAGACAGGCCUGGCUGGGCUUCCACGCGUCCACCCCACAAGGCCAGCCUGCUGCCUCGUAACCGUGUAGCCAGUGACUCUACAAUGUUCUGGCCAAAGCAUUUAUGUCCUGUGUGCUUCAGGGAGGUGGCCUGGGAUAGCUCUCCACCCUGCUCAGCUUCCUGCAGGGAGAGCUCAGCAGGAUAUUUCUGGAGACCUACACACAGCAUUGUCCGUGGCUGGCCAGGAUUGCCAGCAGGGGCCGGCUGCCUCUGAGGUUGAGACCAAAAUAAAAUGUUGUGGAACUGA